GUGACUCAUUCCUCCAGAGAGGAGGGGAAUGUCUUUGAGGGACAAUCAAAGCUGACCUGAGCAGGGGAGCCUUUGUGGAGAGAGUCUGCCUCUGCCUCAAGUUCUCCACUGGACCCCGGGGAGCUGGGCUGGGGUCUGGACACAGCCUUCUCCUUACCCCCUCAGGCCUUUGCAAGAGAAGCAAGACCCUCCCGUGGCCCCUAGGCUCCCUCAGAGUGUGGCCUGGCAUUGUCAAAGGCUGCCCCCACCUGCCCGGCCGGAGCCAUGGAUAAAUUCCGCUUGCUCUUCCAGCACUUCCAGUCCAGCUCAGAGUCGGUGAUGAACGGCAUCUGCCUGCUGCUGGCUGCAGUCACAGUCAAGCUGUACUCCUCCUUCGACUUCAACUGCCCCUGCCUGGAGCGCUACAAUGCCCUCUACGGCCUGGGCCUGCUGCUCACGCCUCCACUCGCCCUUUUCCUCUGCGGCCUCCUUGCCAACCGGCAGUCCGUGGUGAUGGUGGAGGAGUGGCGCCGGCCCGUGGGGCACCGGAGGAAGGACCCAGGCAUCAUCAGGUAUAUAUGCUCCUCUGUGCUACAAAGAGCGCUGGCUGCCCCUCUUGUCUGGAUCCUGCUGGCCCUCCUUGAUGGAAAGUGCUUUGUGUGUGCCUUCAGCAGCUCCGUGGACCCUGAGAAAUUUCUGGAUUUUGCCAAUAUGACGCCCAGCCAGGUGCAGCUCUUCCUGGCUAAGGUGCCUUGCAAGGAGGAUGAGCUGGUCAGGGACAACCCUGCUCGAAAGGCAGUGUCUCGCUACCUGCGGUGCCUGUCACAGGCCAUCGGCUGGAGUAUCACUCUGCUGCUCAUCAUGGCAGCCUUCUUGGCCCGAUGCCUGAGGCCCUGCUUCGACCAGACAGUCCUUCUGCAGCGCAGGUACUGGAGCAAUUACGUGGACCUGGAGCAGAAGCUCUUCGACGAGACUUGCUGCGAGCAUGCGCGGGACUUCGCACACCGGUGCGUGCUACACUUCUUCGCCAGCAUGCAGCGCGAGAUGCGGGCGCGGGAGCUGCGCCAGGACACUGCGGGCAGGGACCCGGAGCCCCCAGAGGGGCCCGAGGCCUCUGACGGCCCGGACGGCGGUAGCGGGAAGGCACACCUGCAGGCCAUCUCCAGCCGGGAACAGGUGGACCGCCUCCUGAACACCUGGUACUCCAGCAAACCACCACUCAACGUCGCGUCAUCCCCAGGGCUCUGGGGGGGCGGCCUUAGCCACCGCGCCGCCACGGUGGCCCCGGGCACCAGGCUGUCCCAGCACACUGACGUGUAA